AUGCGGCUCUUCUCCUCUCUAUUAGCUUUGAUCCACAUUUCACCCCUCGUCGUACUGGCGCAGGGCGAUGUCGCGGACGAGAAGAGAAGGCUCCCGGCCGACCUCCAAGUUGACCUCCUCUUCCCGCGCGAUAACGAGACGUAUGCGCCUACGCAGUGGUUCCCCAUCGUACUCGGCGUUCAAAACAUUGAUGCUCUCAUGCCCCUCGACAUCGUCAUUGACCUAUCCGUCGUGAGCCUCGAGUCCUGGCAGAAGAGCAGCUCAGGAAGUCGCGCCGAAUGGCAGCAUGUCGACCUCCGGCUCAAUAGCCUCACCUUGCCUGAUGCACUCGGUCCAACGCCGGGCAAGCUUUUGUUGCACUAUCCGGCAGUCAAUAUGACUAACGGCACGACGGAUCAAUUUGCAGUCCGCUGGGGCUUCAGUUUCGCCAAUCGCUGCUUCGCCAACAACUCGGACCCGUCACUCGACGAUGGUGGCGAAGGCUGGAGUAGCGGGUACAACGGCUCCUCAACGCGUAAUAUUGUCUUCAGAACCGCGCCCGGAGGCCAGACUCCAGACAUCGCCGCCGCAGUGGACGCGUGCCCCGAGGGUAGGGAGAACACGACGUCGGUAAUACGCGUCACCGACGUGCGCAAGACCCGAGGCACAGGCUACCAGUGUCCAGUGUUUGAGACAGACGUUCAACCGACCCGCUGUGCGUACCGGGAUCUGGCGCAGGAACUCGCAGCUAACGUGUCCACGGCGAUAUUGGAUAAGAUGGGUUGCGAAAACGGCACAUGGCAGACCAUCACCGCGCCGUGUGCACCCAAGAAGAGCGGGUCAAACUCGUUGAACGGCGUGCAUAAGGGGAUGGGUUCUUGGUCGCUGGCCUUGGGCGUGGCACUUGUCAUGUAUCAUCAUGUACUCUAA